AUGAGUACCAUGCCAGGCAUGCAUCCAACCCCUCCUGUGGGUAUCCUGACCCAGCCACUUGUACCCAGUCCCAUGACCAACUGGAUACUGCCGGCGCGCAUCAGACAUAAAAAUAAUAACGAUGUGGUGUUUGUCGGAGAACGUGGCAUCCAGAUCAAGGAGGCCCUUCCCAGCGGUCACCUCGAGGACGUUGUGGAAAAAUCAGACUUUGAUGGCCUACCUCUUGGUGCAAAGAUAAUCAACGUCAAUACACGAUUGCCCUGGGAGACACAGUUGUCGCCAUCGAGCCCCCAGGAUUCUGCCCAGAGCUUUGAAGACCUUCCGCCGCAAAUCUUGUUUAUGGCCACCGAUGCAAAUGAACUUCAUUUCAUGUAUUGGUCAUAUGGUACUGGUCAAUUUGUGUCAUAUUGUCGACGUUUACCACGCGACGUCAACGCAUCUGAAAAAUUCGGCACACACAUUGCUGUUGAUCCUAAGUAUGCCCUUCCCCCAGAUCGGUCGCGCGCAGUCGCAGUCAGCGCAUCGAGGAAUUUCCUCGCCGUAUUCUGUUUAGAUCACCCCACCAAUAUCCAGAGACAGAUGGCACGUGGGGGGCUUGAUCCCAUACAAAAGGAGAAAUUCUUGCAAGUGGAUGGUGACAUCUUGUUCAUGGAAUUCCUCUACCCCAAGUCACUUGAUGAUAAGCGCACUCUGCUUCUCCUCAUUGUUCAUCGAGAUGAGGCAACAAGCGCCAUGGUAUUUGAAUGGGACGAGAACAGUAUGCAGAACAACUUGAAUCCCAAAAAAACCACAACUCAGUUUCCCCCGCAAGACUACCUACCCACCAUGGUCGUCCCCUUGGCCAAGGAGUCUUCGUACUUGCUGAUUACCACAAAAUCAAUGGCAAUGUACACGCCCAAUAGCUCAUCUCGUCCGAUGAGAUACCCACCCAUCAUUCCUGACACCGGUGCUCACCAGGUUGGGAUCUGGACUCGCUGGGCAAGGCCUUCUCGCAACUGGCUAUACAGUCAGAAAUACGACGCAAUCAUUCUCUGCCGAGAAGACGGUUGGAUCUAUUAUCUCGAGUUUGGUAAUGACGGUGAACUUGAAACUCAAACUUCGCUGGGUCAACUGCAUUGCGAUGUUGACACAGCAUUUGAUGUCCUAGAUAUGGGUUUUGAAGGUGGUGACUUCAUUCUGGCGGCUGGAAGUCAAGGUGAUGGUGGUCUGUUUGUCCAGGAGGCACGAGAUCACCCGAGAUGUGUGCAACGCUUUGUCAACUGGGCACCCGUCACAGAUGCAAUCGCGGUGCCCUCGGGUAAUCAAGGGACGACCGGAUUAGACUCGACCCAUGAUCGCCUUUUCGUCUGUUCAACAUCUGCCUCCGGCAAUGGGGCCAUUACUGAACUUAGACAUGGCAUCGAGGCUCGGAUUGGUGUCUCUAUUUUGAUCGAGGAAUUGCCCGCAGUGCAUGACAUGUGGGCGAUGCCAUAUGGAGAUCUGUCGCAGAUAUUCCUCUUGGUGUCUGAUCCGAUGUCGUCUAUGAUUCUUCAGACAACAUCAGAUCUGGCCAACGGAAUCGAGGCUCUUCCCAAUGAGGACAGCUGGGGCGACGAAGAAACCCUGGCGGUGGGCUGCACUCCUCGUGGAGAUAUUUUCCAGGUCACAAAACAUGGCAUUCAUGUAUUUGGGCCGGGUGAACCCAGAGUAUCUCAUUUUACUCCGCAUGGGUCCGAUACCGUUGUCACGGCAGCUACGGUUGAUGGUCUGAGUUUCAUAAUAGCCAUGGCUGUCAGAUCUAACAAGGGAAACUUCCUUCGGGUUGUCCGAAUGAACACAGAUAUCACCGCGAAUGAAUUGCUUUACCAUGAUCAACCCCGUCGACUGGAAAAAGAGGCCAUCUCCAUAUUCUAUCAAAACUGGGGCUCUGUGGGGCUCAUCUUUUUGGGAACUAGUGAUGGAACAGUGCUUUCCUUUGAGGUUCAUGACCAAUUCGAUGGAUUAGAACAACUUGCGGACACGAAUAUCUCAGUCGAGGCUGGAGAGGACGUUUCAAAAGCCAUCUCAAGUAUUGCAGUUAUCCGCGCGAUGUCCAACAAUGAUCUCCACGGGCGUCUUUUCUGCGGCUUGCGAAGUGGUAUUCUCGUCUCUUUUGAGAUGGAGCUUCAUGCGAACGGUUUACGAGGCCUCAAGCAAGGAUCGUCAAAGCGCCUUGGUCAAACUUCCAUAAAUUUUCAAGCCCAGGAGGAAAUUGCACUCUUCACAUGUGGGAAUGAUUUCUGGCGAGUUUCAUUUUCACCAGGCCUCGCCAAUCCUGACUAUGCUCUAUCCAGGGUGUUUAUCACUGACCAAAACCGACCUGCAUUCUCCCCAACGAAUGUCUCAAGCUUUUCCUUCGUUCACACAAAUGAUCAGUACUCAGGAGCUAUAUGUGCUUCCCUUUUCUGCUGGGCAGAUGGCGAGCUUCUGGUGUGCUCUCUCGAUUCAGAGGACAAGCCAAUCCCCCGGCGGAUCGAUAUUCCAGGGAACCCAAACAAGUUGACCUACUCUGAACACCUCCGAAGCCUCAUUGUCUCUUACAGUGUUGCUCAAGCCAGCGAGAAAUCACCUCUUAAUAUUGUCAGGAAGUCGUAUCUUGAAUUCGUGGACCCAGACACUCAAACCCAAGUUGCCCUGGUUGACGAGCAAAUGGUUGCCGAAGGCCUAUCCCCAUGGAGGCCAAGCGGUAGCCCUGGAGAGAAAAUCACCUGCAUAUUUGAUUGGAUGCCCCAGAAGGAUGGCAAUGCAUAUCAUCUCAUUGCCGUUGGGACUUCUAUCCCGACACCUCACCAUCCAACCGAGCGCACUGGCCGUAUCUUGCUAUUACAGGCAUACAGAGACCCCAACUCUCCUUCCCAAAUCGUUUGUGUGGACAAGCAUAUGAAGGUGUGCGCUAGUCCAGUUACUGCAAUGGCGGCAUACGCCGAUAGCCUGAUUGUUGCCUCUGGAAAGUCAUUUUUGGCACUUGCCUCGAAGAACUCGCAAGUCGGAUGGGUCCGUAACAUCACAGCUCGUCUUCCUUCUCCUGCCGUCUCGAUGUCGGUGCAUAACAACCUCAUUUAUGUCACUACUGCGAGAGACUCCUUGUUAAUCUGCAAGAUUGAAGGGGGCGAUAUCUCGGUCGUCGACUCCCAUUCUGUCGCGCUCGAUGGGUUGUCGCACUCGUUUGUUGCCGGGCUCGAGGGGUGCCCAAACCGUGCCUUUGUUAGUUCCCGAGGCGGCACUGUCCAGGCGUUUGCGGAUGAUUUCCCUGCAAGCGCCUCCGGUGAUCGCCCAACGGUCCGGUUCCCCGUCUCAAUCUUGAGGCUUGUCCAGGGCUACAAUGCCCCAUCUUCCCUGGCAACUAGGAGCACCCUGUAUGGGUUCGCUAUCAAUGGAUCAAUCUACCGGCUCGUGUCCUUGGCUGCCGAUGAGUGGACUCUUCUUGAAGCCUUGGUCCUCUUAUGCAUGAGUGACAAACGUAUGUGUCCUUCUUUGGCCCGCAGGAACCGUUUUGCAACCGCGUCCGCCAAUUUCCACAAGAAUCAUCAUAUUGACGGUAGUAUUCUCGCCCGUCUUCUUACUUUCGACAAAGAUGUUCUUCGUAAGAUGGUUCUCGACUGCAGCCGGGGAGAAAAUGAAAAGUUGCUCCCUGUGAUAGCAGAGACGUUUCAACAAGCGGCCUUCAACUUGCUGGGGCCUUCUGAUGACUAUCCUCGGGCUGUAUUCUCCUGGCUUUGGGAUGUCCUGCGCGUGGAAAUUUGA